AUGGGCCCCAAAAAGAAAGCCUCUGCUCCUGCCGGCCCCAAGCCGGGCACCAAGGCGGCCAAAGAGGCCAAAGAGGCCAAAGCCGCCGCCGCUGCCGCCGCCGCCGCCGACAAGAAACCCGCGACGACGGAGGAGCCCAAGAAGCCGACCGUGAAGGAGGUGAUUGGCGGCGCAUCAUGGACGGGCAAGUUGCCCGUGAACAUGCUAUCGGAGCAUUGUCAGAAGCAGAAAUGGGAGAGGCCUGAGUACAGCAUGAACCAAAGCCGCGAUGGCUACAUCUCCGCAGUGACAUUGAAGAAGGUUGACCCUAAGACUAAGGAGCUGAUCGUUCUUCCUCCGAUGAAGUUACCACCAUCUCAUAAGAACCUGGGCAUGCAACCCACUGCGCUCGAGGCCCGCCAUUUCGCAGCGGCCUUUGCCCUUUUUCGAGUGUGCAACAUGCGCAACCUCCAUAUGAUGUUCCCGCCCACAUACAAGAAGCUUUGGAAGGAGGAUUUUGCGGAUAUCAAGGCUGCCGAUACCAAAGAGGGCAAGGGCUGGCUAUAUGAAGCGGAUCCUUUCCUGGCCAAGCAGGAACGGGAGGCUGCCGCCGCCGAGUUGGAAAAGAAGAGAGCGGAGCGCCAGAAGAUGCAGGCUAAGGAUAAGGCUUCCUCGAAUGACCUUGGUCUGGGCGGUGGCGAUAACAAGAGCAAGCGGAUAUGGUCACAGGCGCCCAAGGUGGACAUGGGCAAUCGCAUUCGACGAGAGAUCGAGGGUCUCUUGCGCCAACACACAGUCUGGAACUCUUACAACGUCAAGAUCCCUGAAGGUGAUGCCAAGGCGAUUGUGGAGGAGUUCUCGCGCCUGGGAUUCCGACGCAGUCACGUUGAAGAGGCUGUGGCGGAAUGUAAAGAUCGUGAAGAAGUGCUGGAGUGGCUGCUGGUCUAUGUGCCCGAGGAUGAUUUGCCUCGAUGGAGUCUGCCCGAGGGAUACUCAGCUGGCGUCAGUCUUGCUGCUGGGGAUCUGGCCCGGGAGGCCAAGAUCAAACGACUGGCCUCAAUUGGCUAUCCUGCUGAUCUCUGUUCUCAAGUCUUGGAUAGCAAGGGUGGUGAUGAACUUGCUGCAGCAGAGCACCUACAGGGCACGUUAACCCACGGAUCAACGUUUACCUCUGCAUCAAUACCAGAUGGCGAUGCGGGAGCGUGGGCAGAGGAGCAAGAUACACUCGAAGCGAUCUUUGGCGAGCGAUACACUCGUAUCUCGCCCAGAGUUUGUGAAAUCAAGAGCGAGGCUCCAGAGAUCCCGGAACACACUAUCUUCCGCUUCCAGGAGCCUUCUACCCACUACCCUACAGCACCUCCGGUUAUAUCAAUCCAAGCCAAGGGAAUCCCAGCCUACAUUCGUCUUAGCGCCAUUCGCCGAGCAGUACAGCAUGCCGAAGAGAAUUUCUCUGGCGAGUCCAUGAUUUUCAACAUCAUGGAUUGGUUGGAGUUCAAUCUGCCCGCGAUUACAGAGAAUCCGGGCAAGCUGCGAGAGAUUUCUGCAGUCUCUUCUGCCUUUUCUGCACCAGACACCCGAGAGAUCUCUGUACGCACUAACCGCAAGCAGCGGAAGGGUAUCGAUUGGAAGGCCUACUCGCCUCAGGGUUCGGCGAUGAAAGAAGCAUGGCAGGCCAAGCAGUCCAGCGCUGCUCAAAUUGAGAUGUCCCGUAAACGUCAAUCUUUGCCUGCCUGGAACACCCAAGAAGCUAUCAUCGACGCUGUCGACACGCACCAAGUCACUAUCAUCUCUGGUGAAACGGGUAGCGGUAAGAGUACACAGUCCGUGCAAUUUAUCCUAGACGACAUGAUCCAGCGUGGAUUGGGUGGCGCUGCGAAUAUCAUUUGUACCCAGCCUCGAAGGAUUUCAGCUCUGGGUCUUGCCGAUCGAGUUAGUGACGAGCGAUGCUCGACAGUCGGCGAUGAGGUCGGAUACAUUAUUCGAGGCGAGUCGAAAGCCAAGCAAGGUGCAACAAAAAUCACGUUCGUGACGACUGGUGUCUUGUUGCGGCGGAUUCAGUCUGGCGGCGAUGCGAAUGGAAAUGUCGCAAGCUCACUUGCUGAUGUGUCUCAUGUGGUGGUUGACGAGGUUCACGAGCGCAGUCUUGAUACUGACUUCCUGUUGGCUCUGCUGCGGGAUGUCCUGCGUUACCGCAAGGAUCUCAAGGUCAUUCUCAUGAGUGCUACCCUGGAUGCAAACAUCUUCAUGGAUUACUUCGGUGGCCCUAAGAACGUUGGUCUGGUUAAUAUCCCUGGACGGACAUUCCCUGUUAAUGAUUAUUAUCUGGACGACGUUAUUCGGGCCACUGGAUUCGCUCCCGAGCUCGGCGAGGACUUUGAAGAUGACUAUGAUGCUCCUCGUGGGGAAGAGUCUCUCGGCAAAGCGCUCCGGAGUGUCGGCAUGGGAAUCAACUAUGAACUGAUCGCAUCAACUGUUCGAUACAUUGAUGCGCAAUUAGGGGAUCGCCCAGGAGGAAUCCUAAUCUUCUUACCCGGCACAAUGGAAAUUGAAAGAUGUCUGAGAGCAGUCGGGAGGAUCCCCAACGCUCAUCCACUACCCCUGCAUGCGUCUUUGCUCCCAGCCGAGCAGCGACGCGUGUUCCAGAGUCCACCUAAGGGCAAGAGAAAGAUUAUUGCCGCUACAAACGUUGCAGAGACAUCCAUCACCAUCGAGGAUGUGGUUGCAGUCAUUGACACUGGCCGAGUUAAAGAAACCAGCUACGAUCCUAAAGACAACAUGGUCCGCCUCCAGGAGGUUUGGGCAUCCCAAGCAGCCUGUAAGCAGCGUCGUGGACGUGCAGGUCGUGUGCGGGCAGGUAACUGCUUCAAGCUGUACACUCGCAAAGCCGAGUCCAACAUGGCACAGCGACCAGACCCUGAGAUCCGUCGUGUGCCACUUGAACAGCUUUGUCUGUCUGUGAAGUCCAUGAAGGGCAUCGACGACGUUGCCCAUUUCCUUGCAAACACAAUCACACCGCCAGAGAGCAUCGCGGUCGAAGGUGCCAUCAACUUCCUGCAUCGUGUUGGAGCCCUUGACCACGACCGACUAACAGCCCUGGGUCGGUACCUGUCUAUGAUCCCAGCCGAUCUGCGGUGCGCGAAGCUGAUGAUUUACGGCUCCAUCUUCGGAUGCAUGGAGUCAUGUCUCACCAUCGCCGCAAUCCUCACCGUCAAAAGCCCAUUCGUCUCCCCUCGCGAGAGACGUGAGGAGGCCGACGCCGCAAAAGCAAGCUUCUCACGCCCCGGCGAUGGUGAUUUGAUUACCGACUUAUCAGCAUAUCAAGCGUGGUCUGAGAGAACCCGCUCCCAAGGCCAUUGGCAGUCCCAAUCGUGGUGCGGUGCGAACUUCCUUUCCCACCAGACUCUGCGUGAUAUCUCCUCAAACAGAGCCCAAUUUGUCACAUCUCUCAAGGAUGCAGGUAUUCUGCCUGUAGAUUACACAGACGCAGCACCCGCCUGGAACCGCAACUCCUUGAACCGGAACCUCCUCCGCGCCCUGGUCGCCGGUGCCUUCCAGCCCCAAGUUGCGCAGAUCUCGUUCCCGGAUAAGAAGUUCGCCAGUUCCGUGACUGGUACGGUUGAAGUUGACCCCGAUGCUCGAACAAUCAAGUACUUCAACCAGGAGAAUGGUCGCGUCUUCAUCCAUCCCAGUUCCAUCCUCUUCUCUGCUCAGGGAUAUCCCAAUGCCUCGGCAUACCUGAGCUAUUUCACCAAGAUGGCGACGAGCAAGGUGUUCAUCCGUGAUCUUACCCCAUUCAACGCAUACUCUCUUCUCCUGUUCUGCGGCUCCAUUACACUCGACACAAUGGGCCGCGGCUUGGUAGUGGAUGGCUGGCUCCGACUUCGCGGCUGGGCUCGGAUCGGUGUCUUGGUUUCACGGCUUCGCACUAUGCUAGAUGAGGCGUUACAAGAGCGUAUAGAUAACCCGUCGGUCGGGUCUGCCUCUGAAGCUGGUGACAAGGUCAUCGAGGCUGUGAAGAGGCUGAUAGAGUUUAAUGGGCUUGAUCAGUGA